AUAAUUUCUUAAUUGCUUUCUUGCCUACUGCCAAGGCUGGCAUGCAUAUAUAUGCAAGAGCAUCAGCUAAAGGGAAACGUGUUCAGUCCAAUAUGGGAGCCAAAAACCAUGGAAUUGUCAUGCCUGAUGCAAGCCCAGAUGCUACAUUAAAUGCCCUAGUAGCUGCUGGUUUUGGUGCCGCGGGACAACGGUGCAUGGCGCUGAGCACAGUGGUCUUUGUUGGUGACUCAAAAUCGUGGGAAGAUAAGCUGGUAGAACGUGCCAAAGCGCUUAAAGUAAAUGGUGGAACAGAGCCUGAUGCAGACCUCGGUCCAGUAAUUAGCAAACAGGCGAAGGAACGGGUUUGCAGAUUAAUUCAGAGUGGCGUUGAAAGUGGUGCCAGACUGUUGCUUGAUGGGAGAAAUAUUGUGGUUCCAGGAUAUGAGCUUGGCAACUUUAUCGGUCCCACCAUUUUGUCUGGUGUCACUGAAGAUAUGGAAUGUUACAAGGAGGAGAUCUUUGGCCCAGUUCUUCUUUGCUUGCAGGCGGACAGCCUAGAAGAGGCGAUUAGAAUUGUUAACAGAAAUAAAUAUGGCAAUGGAGCUGCUAUCUUUACCACAUCUGGUGUAACUGCGAGGAAAUUCCAGAAUGAGAUCGAGGCAGGGCAGGUUGGCAUCAAUGUUCCAAUCCCAGUUCCUUUACCGUUCUUCUCAUUUACUGGUUCCAAGGCAUCUUUCGCGGGGAUCUCAACUUCUAUGGCAAGGCGGGAGUUCAAUUUUUCACCCAGAUCAAGACUGUGACUCAACAAUGGAAGGAUUUGCCAAGGGGGUCGGGGGUAUCGCUGGCAAUGCCAACUUCCCAAAAGCCAUGAGAGAGAGAGAGAGAGAGAGAGAGAGACUAUUUAAUGAUUUCCUCUUAAAUUUCAGCAUAAUGUAUUAGUACUUCAA